UCGUUAGUCAUUUGUCAAUUUUACAACCUAGAAAUGAAAAAUAAUCGUUGAACUCUUCAGUCUUUCCUUGAUAAUUUGUUAUUAAUAAACUUUAGUACCUAGUAACUCUAGCAAAAACAUACUAAUAAAAAACCAAUAUCUUGAAGCAAUUUAGAAAAAUAAAUCUAAUUUCAAUUUAUUUUUAUUAUAAUGUCAGCCCUCCGUGCAAGACUAAGUUCUACAGUGUUUGCUAGAAGAUUGCUCUAUAAUACAAAAAAUAAUUCAAAAAGAAUCAUAUACGCUAAGCCUUUAUCUAUAUAUAACAAUGAUAAAUUAACAUUUAUUUCGUGCUACAGUACUGUUUCGGAUCAUCAACCUGUCGAAACAGUAAAAGGCAAUGCUGAGAGAAAAGAAUUUCAGGCAGAAACCAGAAUGCUUUUAGAUAUUGUAGCUCGAUCUCUUUAUUCAGAUAAAGAAGUAUUCAUCAGAGAGUUAAUAUCUAAUGCUAGUGAUGCCUUGGAAAAAUUUCGCUACUUAAGCGUGAGCUCAACAACAGAAUCACCUAAAUUGGAAAAUAUUGAUAGACCUUUAAAUAUCCAGCUAACCACAGAUAAACAGAACAGAACACUGACAUUUCAGGAUUCUGGUAUAGGUAUGACUAAAGAAGAAAUGAUACAAAAUUUAGGAACAAUAGCACGAUCAGGUUCAAAGUCAUUCAUAGAAGAAAUAAAAAAACAAGGAGCCGAAGAAGCCAGUUCUAUAAUUGGACAAUUUGGUGUAGGAUUUUAUUCAGCAUUUAUGGUUGCUGACAAAAUUGAGGUCUUUACAAGAAGUAGCAUUGAGGGAUCCCAAGGAUACAAAUGGAGUUCUGAUGGGUCUGGUUCUUAUGAAAUUCAAGAAGUAGAUGGUGUUCCAAUUGGUACUAAAAUAAUUGUGUACUUGAAGACUGAUUGCAGGGAAUUUGCAGAUGAUACUACUGUCAAAAAUAUAAUUAUGAAAUAUAGCAAUUUUAUUGGUAGCCCUAUUCUUCUGAACGAUGAACAAAUAAAUUCUAUUAAGCCACUUUGGUUGAUGGAGCCCAAAGAAGUAACACAAGAGCAGCAUAUUGAGUUUUAUAGGUUUAUCAGCAACUCCUAUGACAAACCACGUUUCACUCUCCAUUAUAAGACAGAUGCACCCUUAAGUAUAAGAUCUAUAUUGUAUGUGCCAGAAGGCAAACCAGGCCUAUUUGAAUUGUCAAGAGAUUCAGAUGUUGGAGUCGCUCUUUACUCAAGGAAAAUCCUGAUUAAAAAUAAGGCCGAAAAUAUCUUGCCUAAGUGGUUACGGUUUGUGAAAGGUGUUGUUGAUUCUGAGGACAUUCCUCUCAAUCUUAGUAGAGAAUUGUUGCAAAACAGUGCAUUGAUUGCGAAAUUACGCCAUGUAUUAACAAAUAGAUUUCUGAAAUUUAUGGUUGAAACAUCCAACAAAGACCCAGUAGGAUAUGACGCAUUUUAUAAAGAUUACUCUCUGUUCUUUAAAGAAGGAAUUGUCACUGGUCAAAGUCCUUUAGAAAAGGAAGAAAUAGCAAAAUUACUUCGUUUUGAAUCAUCUAAAUUGGAAAGUGGUUCUAAAACUUCUUUAGCAGAUUACAAUUCACGUCAAAGUAAUGAUCAAAGAAAUAUAUACUAUUUAGCAGCUCCCAGUCGUGAAUUAGCUCAAUCAUCACCCUACUAUGAAUCCCUGAAAAAACGUGAUGUUGAAGUUUUAUUCUGUUAUGAAAUGUAUGAUGAACUAGUUUUAUUGGAACUAAAAGAGUUUGGAGGUAGACAAUUAAUUUCAGUGGAAAAUGACAUGCAAAAGGAUCCUGCUGAUAAAUCAGACAAUAUAAUUGGGAUUGAUGAUUUACAACAAAGUCAAGUCAAUGAAAUUAUAACAUUCCUUAAAUCCAAUUUAUCUGGUAAGGUGUUUGAAGUACGCACAACGCAAAAAUUAGAUUCGCACCCUUGUGUAAUUAUUGUUCCGGAAAUGGCGGCGGCUAGACAUUUUAUUCGAACUCAGGCACAGAACCUUAGCGAGGAAAAUAGGUUUGCCUUGUUAAGGCCACAGUUAGAAAUAAAUGCGAAGCACCCCAUAAUCAAAAAACUACACAAGCUUAUAAAUAGCGAUAAAGAUCUGGCAAAUAUGGUGGCCCAGCAGCUGUUUUCUAAUGCGAUGGUGACGGCUGGCUUACUUAUGGAUGCUAGAAAUUUAAUUACAAAUAUUAAUGAUCUUUUAGUAAAAGCUUUAGAAAAACACUAAAUCUAAAAAUAAUGUAUUCUAAUAAAUUGAUGUUA